CUGGUGGUUCUGGACGCAGACACCAUCAACCACCCGGCCCAACUGGGAAAGACCUCCCUGGCCCCUAUCAUCGUCUACGUCAAGAUCUCCUCUCCUAAGGUGAGACCAAGCAAGGCAAACAAGUGGUAACUUAUAUCUAGUCUGGUUCCCUUUCAGUCAGUCAACUUCGGUACACGGGAGGCUACUCGAAGAGAGAGGGCAGCCAGGUUCGGUGGUAUCCCCCGCCGCCUGUGUCUGCCUCGGUCAAGCACUGGCUUCCUCUCUUCCCAGACUUCUUAAUGAAGGGUCCGGUCCCACCUCAGUGAUCCAGUUCUACGUGGACUUUCAAGACCGGGCUAGCUAAAUGAGCGUUGCAUAGCAUGCUAAGCAGGUUGGCUAACUUGCCGAGGCGAGCCAGCUAUAAUAGCUAUUACUGACUCCCUACUGUGGUGUUGCUGGGGUAGCUCUCUUGUUUAGUAUACAGUGGGGAGAACAAGUAUUUGAUACACUGCCGAUUUUGCAGGUUUUCCUACUUACAAAGCAUGUAGAGGUCUGUAAUUUUUAUCAUAGGUACACUUCAACUGUGAGAGACGGAAUCUAAAACAAAAAUCCAGAAAAUCACAUUGUAUGAUUUUUAAGUAAUUAAUUAGCAUUUUAUUGCAUGACAUAACCUUUAGGAAAACCUUGCCACAUAAACACACAGCCAAGUUCCACAGUUUGGACUGGUGUUAAAAGUGUUGCCUCCCGAAUGUGAGUUCAAUGAAAAGUGUUCCUUCUCCAUGUUCAGACACACGGUUGUCAGGAGUGGUGGAAAUAGAAGAAGAACCAAUCUCUCACAGUCCACAAGGUGGUGUCCCGCCCCUUCAGAUGGCACUUCACGGGAGUCUCGUUGUCUGCUCCGACCAAUGGUGCGCAUGUGCAGUGUCACCCUGGAUCAUGCUAACAGUGACUUUAAGAUACAGGCUACAAUUUGUUGUGCAUUCCCCACGCUUCUGCAGCAUCAUCACAUCGACUGUUCCAAAGGCCUCAGUGCCCUUUUCGAGGGAGAAAAUAUCCUCCCGUCUCCAGAAGCAGGCAAUCUGAGUGGUUCCUAUGUCGAAGAUCCGGGACUGCUAGUAUAGCUGGUAUUCCUGGUUACGAAAACGGACGGGACUUUGCAUCCUAUUCUAGAACUACGUGCCCUCAGCAAGCACCUCAGAGUCUACAAACUAAGAAUGCUCACGAGCCGAUGGCUAUUACAUCGAUUGGCUGGUGGCAGAGUAUGUGAGCGGAGUUGAGUGGUCGGAAAUCCCACUUGCGCACCACUCAGGCGCUCCACGUCUUUUCCAACCGCUCCGCUAAUAACUGCUCCUCGCAGGGAAAACAACUGCCGCUCCAAAUUCGCUCCAUUCAUUAAAAUCACCAUUUAACCAACACCCAUCUAUUUUUGUGACCACCUGGACCUACCAUUUGGUUUUGAUGUAUUGAAAUAUGAUUUGAAUGAAAAGUAUUUUCAUAAAAACAUGAAAAGGUGACUGUAAGAAGCACUCAUCAUUUGAAAUAGGCUACAUUAAAUUACAUUACAUUGAAAGGCAUAUAAACACUCUAAAUUGGUCAGGAGCCAGAUAGGUAGCCUAAGAAGAAACUAAAAUGUAUUAUUUAGGCUAUAUUAUAAGCCUAUUAUUUCAAUUAUUUCAAGGUUAUAGCCUACAAAGAAAUACAUUGUGAAGCAUUUGCGAGUGCAACACACUAGGUUGGCAGGGACAUUAAGCGCUCAUCAUUUAAACAACAUUUUGUUGCAUUAAAUCAUUAUAGUCAAUAAAUUGCGCAUAUAGGCUGUGACUUAAAUACAAAUGAAACAAAAAUACCUUAUUAGGCUCAGUCUACGGUGCCUUUGAAUUCAUUUUUACAAACACGAGUUUGGCCAGAAUCUGGCAUCAGGCUCAUGCGAGGGUGCCUGGAGAGCAGGCCAGCAGCAGAGAAUACCCUCUCCGCGCUUGCAGAGCCACUGGGAAUGCUAAACACCUUUCAGGCCACUCUUGCCAGGCUGGGCAGGGAUGCAGAGUUGUUUUUAAAAAUGUUUAUAGGUAGGCCUAAAGGUUUUUAGGCAAAAUAACCCUAUCAAAACGUAAAGCUCCUUGAAAGAGGUAAUAUGUCAGGCCUAUUGGGCCAAAAUAAAUUAUAGCCUAUUGUAUAGAUAAUAUAACAUCACCACACUCCCUCUCUUGCUCUUGGUCCUCCUCAUCUUUGUAAGACACCUUGAUUUUGCACCUGAGUGUUUUAUCAUUUUCUUUAUGAAAACAUUUAGCGAACUCCAUGACAGUAGCUAAAGCAAGGGGCUAUAGAAGCACACAAAUAGCCUACAAAUGCAUGCUGGGCCGGGCAUGCCCUGAGCUCGUGAAGUGAGCGGUACUGGAGUGAAAUUGGAGCGGGGUGAGAAGGGUGACGCUCCAGCCUUUGGGAAACUUGCUUCACGCUCCAGUCAAAUUGAGCAUGCGCCACUCCAGCGUCGCUCACAUACUCUGGCUGGUGGCGGCGGAGUCAAGGGGGCAAGCAGUGUUACACACAUCCAGCGCAUUCCGUUUCUAGGUCUCAAGCUACUCACUCGCGUAUCACACUUUUCUAUUAACACGGAGGGUGUCCGGGUUCCGGCUCUGCUUAGCCAAGUUUCGUCUGGGUCACACAGUGCGUUUUCACCAGUCCUUAUGCUUACUGGGGAUGAUGGCUUCUGUGAUGGAAGUCGUUCCCGUGGGGUUAUUGUUAAUACGGACCUUUCAGCGCUGAGUGCUAGCUACUCACCUGGACGCAUUUCUCAGCCUAAGCCGGUCGCUUCGGGUAUCCCUGUCAAGCCUACGGGCCAUGGCCCAGUGGUGGGACCCUCUGCUAUUGUCAGGGGGCACCCAUGGGCUGAGUUGUAUCCCGCAAGGUGAUCAUGACAAACGCAUCCCCCGAGGGUGGGGUGCGCUGUACGAAGGCAACUCGAUUUGGGGGUUAUGGAUACUGGUUGCAGAGCGCACUGCAUGUCGAUUACCUGGAGUAUCUGGCGCUCAGGCGCUUUCCCCUGUUCUUGUCAGGCUGGCUUGUGCUGGUCAGAACCGACAAUAUGUCAGUGGUGGCAUGCAUCAACAGAUUGGGAGAGACCGUCUCUCUCCCUCCUAACCUUCGCUCGAUCCCUAUUGCUGGGGAGCAGUGUGCACAUGCUUUCGCUUUAGGCGACGCAUGUCCCCGGUUGCCUCAACUCAACUCAGGUGCAGAUCUUUUAUCCAGGUGGGACCCUCUCUCUCAGGAGUAGAUGCUCUCCCAGGUAUGGGACAUUUUUGGCAGGGCCGACGUAGAUCUUUACGCAUUUACGCACGUAGGUCUUUACGCAUAUAUCUUUACGACGUAGAUCUUUACGCAGUGUCAUCUAUUUUUCUCAAUGAGGGACCCAAGUGCCCCGUUGGGAACAGACGCACCAGUGGCCUUGGACCCUCCUUUACGCAUUUCCGCCAGAGGCUCUUAUUCAGCCCACGGUGGAGUGGGUGUGCCGGGACGGCUUACCAUUGAUUCUUGUGGCUCCCCAGGCAGCCUUCGUUCGCGGAGAUCAUUCACCUUUUAGGCGGAGACCCGUGGAAACUCCCGUUAGGCAUGGACCUGUUGUCCCAGGUGCACAGGCAGGUUUGGCAAGCGAGGCCCCUGGUGGUUCCUGAAAGGUGUAAUUUGUCUCAGAACCUAUUCCACCCACAUGGGACUUGGCGCUGGCUUUAGAGGCACUGUGUGCAGCCCCCUCUGGAGUCGGUGGAUCUGAAGAUCCUCUCCUACAAAUCCUCCCUGCUCGUGGCUUUGGCCUAGGCUAAAAGUGUUGGGGACCUCCACGCGUUAUCCCUACAACCUUCCUGUACUCAGUUGGCCCCGGGCGUCCAAAUGCGGCCUUCGCCCCAAAAGUCAUGGCUAUGUCCUACAGGUCCUUAGCUUUUGCGCUAUUGGCCUUUUCACCUCCCCCUUUUGCUUCUGAAGAGCAACAGAGGUUACAUGUCCUAUGUCCGGUGCGAGCUUUACGCACGUACAUUAAACGGACCCGGGAUAUCCGGUUAUGUGACCAACCUUUUGUCUGUUUUGCUAAUCCAGCUGGCAGCAUCUUGGGCGUUGUUUAAAGGGUUGACUAUAGGAAAUAUUUGUGCUGCGGCGAGUUGGGCAUCACAACACACUUUUGUGAGGUUUUAUAGCUUGGAUGUCACUGCUCCCAGUAUAGCACACAGCGUGCUUACGCUUGGGACAGGGGAAAGUCACUAGACAGCGCGCCGUGUUCGCAAUGCCCAGACUGCCACAUCUGGCGGGGUUAGGUUGGGGUGGUCUUCCAUGGGCUGUUUCAUUUAGUAUCCGUUGGGGCGUGAUUAUAUUUCCCAAUAGUAUGUUGUACCAAAGAUGACUGACUGAAAGGGAACGUAACGCUACGAUUACAACUACUGUUCCUUGAAGGAGGGAAAUUAGGUACAACACCUGUUUGGCUCCGCAUCGCCCGCUCCUGGGCUCAGUGAAGAGCAGUAUUAAAUUGAAGGAAUGAAUUCAACCCUCACGCUUAUCACCUGUGGAAGGUGGGGCUUCCAGUGAGGCGUGGAUUUCAUUGGCCUUGUCAGGCGUGACUUCAUCCGAAGUUGCGAGAGUGCUACUCCCCAUACAUAGUAUGUUGUACCUCGUUUCCCUCCUUCAGGGAACAGUAGUUAUAGUCAUAACAUUAUGUUCAUUCACAAUCCACAAUUUCCAUUCUACGAAUACAUGUGGUAGUUUACAUGACAGGGUACUAGGGCAGUUUGUAUUACAUGGUUAUUAUUCCAAUGCUAACCUUUAUUUUCUAGUCAUGUAUUCAACCAACCUUCCAUCUCACACACAGUAAUAAUGUACAGAAGUUUAUUAUUAUUAUUAUUAUUUACUAAGUUGUUCAAACAAGAUCAUUCCAAGUCUAAGUGAUUUAUAUAAUAUGUGUAAGUGUGUAAAGGUAGAUGCAGGCCAGUAGAGACUGGUCCCCUCCAGACAGUAUGAAAGAAGUGAGUGUCAGAUUGAUGAAGUAAACAGAGCUGAAGUGAAAGUCUCGUCCUGAGACUCUGUGAGAAGUAGUGAAGUAGUCUCCUACUGGUUUAUAGAUGUCUAUGGAUGUCCCUGGUGCAUUGGGGAGCCAAUGGAUGUGUCUUGUCACUGCUCAUAUCGCCUUUUUCUAACUGAAUGGCGUCCUGCUCUGGUUUUUAAAUAUGGCCUUUUUUAAAGCUCCGACUACUCAGCUCGUCUAAAUGGGAGAGAGUCAGGUGUGUGAGGAGACUGAUUCAUCACGAUGACCUUCAGUUGUCUGUAAAUAACACUCAUGAUUCAAAGAUCAAUACAAACGCUGCCAUUUGAGUAACAUAAAAAGGGAAAGAAGGCAUAGCUGAAGAUCUGUGAAAUACGGCCGCUAAAUCAAAGUGUUGUCAGUCUAAAUCCCAUCUCGAUGAGAUAAACCAAGCCUAUCUGACACCUCUCGUCUCCUCUUUUCAUCAACUACUGCUGCUGUGAAUCAGUAGGAUCACAGUUCUACUGUGGUACUGAUGUUAGAUUGAAGUUUCCACGUUGCUGCUACAUUGGAGUUGACUUCGUUACAGUGCUGACGAUGCUGUGAUGUGAUGGAGUUGACUUUGUUAGGGUGUUGGCGAUGCUUGCAUGUGAUGGAGUUGACUUUGUUACGGUAUUGACGAUGCUUUCAUGUGAUGGAGUUGACUUCGUUACGGUGUUUAUAUGCUUUCAUAUGAUGGAGUUGACUUUGUUAUGGUGCUGAUGGUGUCAUGACUCUCAUGCCUCUCUCUCAUAUUUCCCAAAGGUUCUGCAGAGGCUCAUCAAGUCCAGAGGGAAGUCCCAGGCCAAGCACCUCAACGUCCAGAUGGUUGCUGCAGACAAACUGGCCCAGUGCCCUCCCGUGAGUAUAGCCACACCACUGGCCAGAGGUCUCUGCUACCUGGAUCACACCCACCACAUGCCACAGCUAUUACAAUCGGGACAUUUCAUGAUACUGUUUCUGUAUGCAGAUUGAAGAUUUGGGUCUCUGUGCAUCAAGGCUCUAUUGAUACCGUAAAGGAGACUAUCAAGGGCUGAAUCCUAACUUGAUAAACUCACUCUGAAGUCUUAUGUAAAUCAUGCAUUGAUGUUGAUAGGAGAUUUGCAUGGUUUUGAGUUGUGUGCGUAUAUCACCCAUCAGGAUUCUGCUGUUAUAUUAAUACUACUGUUGUGGAAUGCUUCAGAAAGACUCAUAUCUCCUGCCAAUUCUAUUUCAGUCCUUCUGUGAUCUUCUCUGAUUUUCUUUUAGAAUAUGAGCCCAAACAUUGCAGGAUGAAGAAAAAUCUGCCCUAAUUUAAAUCCAAUAGCAUCGCAUCCCUGGUGGUAUUUAGCUUUUAAGAGUCUCUCUGAUCUGAAUAUUCUUACCGAAUUAAUAUUUAAUGCUAUUAAAUUGGUUAUUAUGUCUCUGACACAGUUUUAGUCUGACACUUUCUUAAUCCGAGAAGCAUGUCAGUUUCUUGUAAAAAAGUAUCUGCAUAAGUCAUUUGGAAUCUAGAAAAUAAAGUAUCUAAGAAAAAGUAGAUCCACUCUUAUAAAGUUGUUAUCUAUCCUAGUAUCAUUGGCCCAUACUAAGCUCAUACCCGUACUGUUUUGGGCCCAUAAAAACACUAACAAUACUAUUUUCCCCUCCUCUCUCCCUCUGUUUAUAUCUCUCUCCAUCUCCCUCUCUCAGGAGAUGUUUGACAUCAUCCUGGAUGAAAACCAACUGGAGGAUGCGUGUGAGCACAUGGCUGAUUACCUGGAGGCCUACUGGAAGAGCACCCACCCCGCCAGCUGCAACCCCCCCAACCCGCUGCUGGCCAAGGUGGCUACGGCCGCCCUGCCCUCCAGCCCCGCUCCUGUCUCCAGCAUGCAGGUACAGGUGCUAACCAGGCUCCGGGCCAAUGUGGGCGGCCUGCUCCUGAGCCCAGACAGUCAGGAGGACAGGGAGGGCAGGGAGACAAGUAGCUCACUGGCCAUGAGCAGUCUGUAUCACCACAGAGUCAGCGCAAUGGCACACUGACCACGACAGAGAGAGAGAGAGAUGCAGGACAGAGAGAGAGAUGCAGGACAGAGAGAGAGAGAUGCAGGACAGAGAGAGAGAGAUGCAGGACAGAGAGAGAGAGAUGCAGGACAGAGAGAGAGAGAGAUGCAGGACCGAGAUAUACAGUGAGAAGGAAAAGGAAAGAGAGAGGGAGAAGGGAGGGAGUGAGGAUGCAAUGAGAUAGAGAGAAAGUAAUAGGAAGAGGCAUAGAGAGACAAGGGGUGGCAUGACUGAUGGUGGGCCUGCUAACCAUGACUAAACAAGAUCAUUAAGCCUUGAAAGUACACCGACAAAUCUGGAGCUUGUGUUUUGAAUUGGUUUAACACAGCUGGUUGCUAUCCUUUGAAAUAAUGAAUACUUACAGGCAAAGGAAUUUUGUCAGUUUGAGAAUAAUUAUCUAUUUGAAGUGUCUGUAUUUAACGGCAGCGAACAAUUAGUUUGGGUCAUUUGAUUGAUUCAGAUCAGUUUCAUGUGUAUUUAAAAUGUCCACGUAUUUUCUCCAUCCCCAUGCAUUGCUCCACAUUGGCCAAUGUAAGACUGAAACUCCUAACAAUGAAAGUCCUUUUUAAAACUCCUGAAAAUGCUGAUGAAAAUGCAUCUGAUGAGUGAGGUUAACAUGUCUGAGAUUGUGGUGAGUGGGAGGGACUCAGUCAAAAGAGCUGUGUGGACUUCAAGUGUUAGUUUUCCAUGGGGAUUCAGCCUUGGUCCUGGAGACAUGGGAUGCAUCCCACAUGGCACCCUAUUCCCUAUAUAGUGCAUACUUUUGACCAGGGUCCAUAGGGCUCUGGUUAAAAGUAGUGCACCAUGUAGGGAAUAGGGUGCCAUUUGAGAUGCACAUUUAAAAUUAACCAGUGUAAAUCAAUCAAGUUCAAACUAAUAUGAUUACUUUUUGGGAUACUUUUAGUAUUCUCCAGGACCACAGUCAACCUUCAAUGGUUGAUAACUUCAUUUCAACCUUUGAGUGUGCAGUGCAGUGCACGUGUGUAUUUGAAGUGUGAGUUCGAAUUUCAUGCAUGUGGGUUUGCAUGUGUGUGGAUUUGACAUACUGUAUGGAGGUGGUUGGAGUGUGUGUUUGAUUUGCAUUUGUUUGAGGGCGUGUGUUUGUCUUUGAUUUGAUUUGUAUAUGGAUACAAUGCAUUCAAAAUCAUAGAGGAUAACACAAAAAAGUGUUUUACUCUGCAUAGGUGUGUUGGUGUAUCUAACUGUACUAACGGCCAUGUUGUGUGUUGUGUUGCUAACCCCAGGGCAGCGGGACAGAGCAGAAAGAAGGGGACAAGGCAGGACAAGGUGUGGAGAGGAAGGGCUCCAGAGAGGACCAUCACCAUCACCACCACCACAGCCAGCAUCAGAGUCAGGAGCAGCCAGACGGGGAGCUGGAUGAGGGGGAGGAGGAGGAGGGGGAGGAGGAGGAGAGGCCCCUGAGGACAGAGUCUUCCAGGAGACCCCAGCACAUCCACCACCGCUCCUCCUCUCAGCGGACUGAGCAGCACCACAACAACCACCAUCAUCAUCAUCAUACUGGUGCCGGUGGUGGCCGGGGCAAGGGCCUCUCUCGGGGGGAGACACAGGACUCAGAGACCCCCGAGAGUCGGGAGAGCAGAGAAAGCAGAGACUCAGCCUACAUAGAGCCUCGCACUCACCUCCUGCACCAGGAGGACGAGGAAGAGGAAGAAGAGUUUGGAGAGGAGGAGUAUGAGGAGGAGGGGCUGGGAGAUGGGGGGCACCCUCAGCAGGGGCGCUACGAGGCUCAGCCUCACCCAAGGGACCACAACCACCAUCACCACCACCACCAUCACCGCGGUGGCACUGGCGAGGAGGCGGACCAUGGUACAACAGGACACCACCGCUCCAAGGAGCGCAACGAGCAGGACCACAACGAGCGCAACAAGCCGCGCGGUCACCAGCACCACCAACGACCGGCCCGCGACCACCACCACCACCAGUACUAUGACAGAGACAGGGACAGGGACAGGGAGGGGGAGGUGGCCCCCAAAAAGAGGGGCGACACAGGGGACUGGGCCAGAGACCCCUAUAUUCACCAGUGA